UUGGGGUUUAGCCGGGGUUUAUGCACAACCCUAAAUAACAUCUACAGACUGCAGUUAAUGGUCUCCACUUUAAGCAGCUCUCAAACUCUGAACUGAGCGAUUCCCAUUGUUUUAUCGAGCAAAUCAAUGGAAACAAAUAAUUUUGUCUCCUUAAACAUGGCGACCUUGCUCAAUUCAUUGUCACAGAGUUUCCACACAGUUCCUUCAGCAGCAGUUCCUGCAAUGUUGGACUGCAUUUUAACUUCAACUGGCGUACCUCCUCCUUCACUCUUCGAUUCGCUUCUUCACCAUUUCUCAAAUCUCACUAAGGAGUUUUUUGAUGCUAAUAAGAAGUUGGACUCUGAGCAAUGUGCGUAUCUUGUAUCUUACUUGCGUGGGCUCUCUCAUCUUAUCAAGAAAAUCAGGAUGAGUACUGUUGUUUUCGAAUGUUUUAUGCGGGAUGGUUUCAUUCCACUAAUGAAGAUGGUUCAGCUGUAUGAGAAAGACAUGCUCUACAAUAUGGUUGAAUCUCUGCUUGAAGUUGUAAUUGCAACCAAUAACUGGGAAAUUAUUGAGGCUACAUUGGUUCCAGUUCUGCUGAGAUCAGUUGUUCUUUCAAUGGAUAUGGAUCAAUAUGAAGAUAAGUCCGUCAUUACUUGGAGUAGCCAGCCCGUCUUACAAAGCUCAAGAGACUUGCAGAAUAUGGGUGGCGUAUGUGAUCAGAUUUCACUUCUCCCAUUGGCUCUCUCAUGCUACCUAUUGAGCUGCUUACUAGAUGCUGCAAUGGAGAAUUAUCAGGCUGCGAAAGAUUCCGCCAUCUCAGGCUACAUCCAAACAGAAACCCUAUGUGGGCAUUUGUUGUGGGAUCUGUGUAAUUUAACAAUCCAAAUGCUUUCACAAAGUCCUGAGCAUAGGUCUUGCACUGCGAGUCUUCUCCUUCCAUCCAUUUUCAAAGCAUUUGCUAUGAAGUGCUCAUUUGAAGUGAACAUUCUUGGAGAAAGCUGUUGUGUUUCCAGGCAACAUUUCUUCAUGAAACUGUGGAAGUGCUCCCAAGUUCUUUUUUCUCUGGGAAUAACAGAGAGGAGAGAUGCAUAUGGUAUAAUCUCUCUGUAUCUGUCUUAUUUUCCUUCUGUUGACCAGUCUCAAGUGGAAAUGGAUGAUAGAGCUGAGGAAUUCAACAUAAGAGCUGAGAAGGAUUUUUGGGAUGAAAUUAAAAGAGGCUUGGUCGAGAAAGAAGGCUUGAUAAGAAAGCAAUCAUUGUACAUACUGAAGAGAGUAAUGCUCAUAAAUGAGGCAGGGCAGCUUAACUCAAUUGCUUCAGAGAAGAAGUCACACCAGAGAGGUUCAGUUUCUUGUGGCAUGACAAAAAGGGACAUCUGGGCUGAAGAGGAAGCCAAGUCACUAGGUGUGGGGCAAAUAUGCGACUUAACUGAUAGUUAUCUGACUGAAAUGCAGAAGUGGCAGACAUUCAUACUUCUCUAUGAGAUGCUUGAUGAGUAUGGCACUCACUUGGUUGAAGCUGCAUGGAAUCACCAGAUUAAACUUCUACUUCGAUCUUGUGGUUCCCAUGGAAGUUUCAUGGAUCCUGAACCAUUGAAUCCACAAUUUGAUGUGCUUGGUGGCAAAUUUGACUGGAUAGCUAUUUUAUGGGAACGUGGACUAUUGCAUGAUAAUCCUCAUGUUAGAUGCCUGAUCAUGAAGUCGUUUCUGGAGAUUGAAUGGAAGAAUCAGGGAAACUGCAAAGCACUCUUUCCGGAGGAAUUUUUACUUGGAGCAUUUAUGCAAGGGCUGAAUGAUCCAGUUCACCACAAAGAUUUUGGUCUGAAAGGAGUCCACUCUUCGAAAACUAUAGAAGCGGCUUCCAAGUUCUUCUACCACUAUUCUAGUUCUCUGUGUGGGAGGGAACACAUUCUGUUUCUUAUCAAAUUAGCAUCUGUAGCAAGACAGCAGUCUCUUGGCCGAUCUGGUUUAAUGAGUCUCUCUGAAUGCAUCUUUUCUGCAAGUGAAUCUUCAAAGAUAUCUGCAGCUGAGGAGCAUGGUGUUGUUACUGGCGGAACCCAACAAUGCAUUGAUGGCUUAUCUGAUAUAAAUGGAACAAGGUCUCCGAGAACUCAACAUUGUGCUGUCAAAGCAGACUUAAUUGACAGUCUGAGGUUUAUCAUUGAGAAUAGCAAACCACACUUCAAUCCUAAUUACCGUCUCAGAGUUUGCGAGAAAGUGAUAGAAGCUGCUGUUUCACUAGUUUGUCCUGAUGAGCUCUCCCUUGAGACAAUUUUGCACUUCAUAGCAGCCUUGCCACGUGAAUUUAUUGAUAGUGGCGGUUCUUUAAGGAGGAAACUUCAGGAAUGGUUUACAGGAAAUAACAAGCAGAAUUGUGCUGCAAAUGGCGUGAGUUACAAUAAGCAUAUUACACAGGGUCUGUGUGACUUCCCGAGAAGAUUUACCACUCAAUACUUUUCUAAUGCUGGGGUUCAUUAUGAUGACGAAGACUUGGUUGCAUGGUGCGCUGAAGCAGAAAGAUGGACGAGAGUUCUGUUUCUUCGUGUAGAGGAAGAACACCAACUUGAACCUCUUUUUAAGUUUAUUGAAGAAAAGGGUGUCACCAUCUGCCAGCAAAGCAGCUUGGGGGAGUGGAUACCUGUGAAGUUUCUCGUGUUGCUCUUGAGCCUGGUUCAUGAGCUUGAAAUUGUGCAGCUAAGCACUGAUAAUUACUUUAAAGCAGAACUUAAAGCUGGUUCAAAAGCCGAGUUGAAUGCCUUAGUACAUACGAACUGUCAUGUUGCUGAAAAAUUUGCUAACGUUUUACUAAUCAUAUUGGAUAAGUUGAUCUCUUAUUCUGAAUCGUCUUGUUCAAUAUUCUGGUCUCAUGCUGCAGUGGACACUAGACUACCUGGUUCUGUAACUGGAAAGUUAGGGGGCCCUAGUCGACGGAGACUAUCUUCUCCUGUGACAGCUCUUGUCUUGCAAGCUAUUGUGUCUGUGAAAACUGUUGCAACUGUCUCAUCAUGGUGCAAACAUCUCAAAGACAGUGCUAGACUCAAUAUUGCUUGCAGUUUCUUGUGGAAAUUCUUUGACAAGGUUGUUUCCUCAGCCAUCAGUGACUCUGAGACUAGUGCGGAGAUUUAUCUGGCUGCUUAUGAAGCUCUGAGUUUUGCUCUUAAAGCUUCUGUCCCCGUGAUUUCUUCUUCAGCUAUCAAUUGCAUUCAAGACAUGAGUAAUUCGUCAGAUCCAGUGGCAACAAAUAGGCCUUUUCUUGAUUCCAUGACUAUAAGAUUUCUCAAUCACAUAAAUGGUUUCCUUGCUGUUCAACAAUUAGCACGGACAAGGAGGGCGGCAUUAAUGACCUGGAAGUGGGUGUGCCUAGAAGCUAUAUUAUCAAUUCCAUACCAUGCUUUUCAAAAUGGAGUCCAGCUCGGGAAUGGUGAUACUUUCUUUUCAGAUGAUACUGUCAGACUUAUCUUUGCUGACCUUGUUGAGAGCCUAGAGACUGCUGGAGAGGAUUCUGUUUUGUCCAUGCUGAGAUCAGUCAGAAUGGUUUUGGAUCUAUUAACUUCAAGCUGCUCAUUUAUCUCGGCAGUGAGUGGGGUUGAUGCAGAGAUGAUCUGGCAACUAGUAAGGUCUUCUUGGAUUCUGCAUACCAGCUGUAAUAAGCGGAGGGUUGCACCAAUUGCUGCACUUCUCUCUGCUGUCUUGCAUGCAUCUCUGUACAGAGAAGAGGAAAUGCACGUGGCUGCUGAUGGACCUGGUCCUCUAAAGUGGUUUUGCGAAAAGGUUCUUGAAGAAGGCAUGAAAAGUCCGCGUACCAUUCGCCUUGCAGCUCUUCACCUGUCAGGGUUAUGGCUUUUAAAUCCUAGGGUCAUAAAGUAUUACAUUAAAGAGCUAAAGCUUUUGACACUUUAUGGAUCCGUUGCUUUUGAUGAAGAUUUUGAAGCGGAACUCACAGAAAAUGGUGAUGCAAGAACUGAAGUAUCAUUGUUGGCAAAAAUUCCAGAUAGCGAGUUGACAGAAGCAUAUAUUAAUACAGAGUUGUAUGCACGAGUCUCUGUUACCGUGCUUUUUUACAAGCUAGCUGGGUCAGGCAGAGAAACUGAUGAUAGCUGUUCUGCCCUUGAAUCUGGAAGAUUUUUUUUGUUGGAGCUUCUGGAAUCUGCGGUUAACGACAAGGAUCUUGCUAAAGAACUGUAUAAGAAGCAUAGUGCGACUCAUCGUCGAAAAGUCCGUGCUUGGCAAAUGCUAUGUGUUCUAUCAAGAUUUGUGGAUCAAAAUAUUGCUCAGCAAGUGAUGCAGAGUUUAUCAGUAUCAUUAUCGAGAAACAACUUACCCUCAGUUCGGCAAUACUUGGAAACUUUUGCGAUACAUGUUUACCUGAAAUUUCCAUUCUUGGUGCAGGAGCAUUUGGUCCCUUUAUUAUGUGAUUACUCUAUGAAGACUCAGGCACUGUCCUCAUAUGUAUAUAUAGCAGCUAAUGUCAUGAUCCAUGCAAAACUAGAAGUUCAAUCUAAGCAUUUGGGUGAACUGCUUCCACCAAUAAUUCCACUGUUGACUUCCCAUCACCACACAUUACGCGGUUUUACGCAGUUGUUAGUUUAUAAAGUUCUCUGCAAGCUUAUGCCAACUUUAGAUUCUAGCUGCUCUGGAUCUAUCAUUCUCGAGAAAAGGUGUUUCAGCAAUAUGAAGUCAUACUUGGAAUUGAAUCCUGACUGUGUGAGAUUGCGAACCUCGAUGGAAGGUUAUCUUGAUGCUUUUACUCCUAUUGAAUCUGUUACUCCCGUGGGAAUCUUUUCCAGCCGUAUUGAGGAUAUGGAGUUUGAAUGUGUUCCAAUUUGCCUAACAGAGCGAGUGAUGAAUUUUCUAAAUGAUGUCAGAGAAGAACUUAGAAGUUCCAUGGCUAAGGAUGAAGCUACUCUCACAAAUGAGAGUUUGAUGAUUGCGCAAGAUCAAGACUGUAUGUUCCAUUCAGCAAAUGCGGGGCAAGAAUUGUUACUUCCUUCUCCACUAAGUAAUAUAAUAUUCGAUUUUCAGAAGAAGUUCACAUUGUCUAAACACGAGAUGCUGAAUGAUGAAAUGAGAAAGGAGGACCAACUUCUCGAGCAAAUAUUGCAGUCAAAAAUCAUGUAUCUGGAGAAGUUAAAGGCAAAUAGACAGCAAAUCAUUGUUGUUGCAUCUCUCAUUGAUCGUAUACCUAAUCUUGCUGGGUUGGCAAGGACGUGUGAGGUGUUUAAAGCAAGUAGUUUAGCAUUAGCAGAUGCUAACGUGCUGCAAGACAAACAAUUCCAGCUGAUAAGUGUCACGGCUGAGAAAUGGGUUCCCAUCAUAGAGGUCCGGGUGAAUGGUGUCAAAAACUUCUUGGAGAAAAAGAAGCAAGAGGGUUUUGCAAUUUUGGGAUUGGAGCAAACUGCAAAUAGCAUACCCCUGGACAAGUAUUGCUUCCCCCAAAAGACGGUUCUUGUUCUUGGUCGUGAGAAAGAGGGAAUACCUGCAGAUAUUAUCCACGUUUUGGAUGCUUGUAUUGAGAUCCCACAAUUAGGGGUUGUUAGGUCACUCAAUGUUCAUGUUAGUGGUGCCAUUGCUAUCUGGGAAUAUACUCGUCAGCAGAGAUCAACAUAAAUUUCACUUUGCAUCUAACUAAAAUCCAGUUCGAGAUUGAGCAUAUUCAUCUUCACUGUUGUCCGUUUUUUAUUACUUGUGUCCUCUGUAAUGUUUCAAAUAUAGAUACUUCUGUCAUGAGUAUGUCUGAGCAAAUUUAUACCCCUGCAGGUCACCCCUCUGUUGUACUUUCUUUUUGCUAAAAUCAUAAAGUCGGAAGUUAUUAAUCGCUUCAGUGUCCUUUAUCAUUCGUUUUCGUUUUCAGGACAUGAUAUGACAAUUGGAUACUAGUAUAUAAUGAAUCAUUUUCCGUUA